AUGAAAUUUAUAACAUGUUUUAAAAAUUCCUUGAUUCGAAGUAAGGAUCAUCUAAUAAACAAUAGGCUAGAGAGCAUAAUAUGGCUCGUAAAUUUAGUCCCAUCCCAAGCAGGUUUUUCCAUAUUGAAAGAUACUAUUUCUGCCCCUUUCUGGAUUUUACACCUGUCUUUGCUUAUAUACGUGUAUGGCGUGGGCAAUGCCGUGUACCAGGUACAAUACGCUCAGGGAGCCCGUGAUUUCAUAAAGAGCUAUGUCAAUAUCUCCUUAUUGAUCUUAAUAUCUAACAACAGCUAUUGGUUUUUAAUGAAAAGACCUCUACUGAAAGCAGUGCUCGAACAAGUUACAAGGAAUGACCGGCUCUCGAUGAAAACAGAUUUUUUGAAGAAAAAGCACGAAAGGCUAUUGUUUGUCAUUAAAAGUAUUGUGUUGAUAUUCUAUGGAUGCAACCUCGUGGAUGCUGUUUUUAUUUAUUUACCACACCGGGUUAACAUAUCAAAUAAUUAUUUUUCCAUGACACCUUGUGUUGGAAUAGGAUCUCUGAAUUCAACACCUAAUCGAGAGAUCUGUCACGCUAUAUUAUUUGCACAAGAGUUGACAAUAAUGACGGUAGUCCUAAACUACCAAGCUCUUCUGCUAUUUCUAAUAGCUCAUACUUCAGCGAUGUAUCAAAUGCUUUCAGCUGAGAUGCUUGCGUUUGAUGACUACGAAGAUUGCCCCAGAAGUAAAGCCUUAGUAAAAGAGCGUUUGCCGAUUCUCAUUGAACGACAUGCCUUGAUUUUGGCUAUUAUACAAAAUCUAAAAGCAUUGUACAGCGUGCCGAUUGGAGUUAAUUUUGGGUCGAACGCUGUUUGCAUCAGUCUGUUUUUCUACUUACCGUUACAAGAAUGGGUGAUGUUCACACCGAUUCUCGUUUAUUGUUUCCUUGUUUUCUUUUUGUACUGUUACCUUUGUCAAAAACUGAUAAACGCUUCGGAGAAUUUUGAAAAUGCAGUCUACAGUUGCGGGUGGGAGAAAUUUGAUUUGAAGGAAAAGAAAACAGUUUAUGUCAUGAUGUUGCUAGCUCAAAAACCUGUUACUCUAUUAGCUGCAGAUAUAAUUCCAGUAAAUAUUUAUACGUUUGCUACUACUUUGCAAGCGAUAUUUAAAUUUAUUACUGUAGUAAAAUUUUAA